GUGUUGAGCCUACAACAUCUAAAUUUUCAGAGUGUAAUUUUAAUUUUUGGUUUUUAAUGUUUGCGUUUGUAAAAUCUAAAAAAUAAGUUUGUUUGUUUUGGACCCGAAUCGGUUUUAGGUAGGACAUUCCCACAUUACACUCUGCAGAAAUGACAAAGGAUAGGAAUGAUGCAGCCAAGUCGGUGGGGCAGCCACCGGUGUUUGCGGGUUGCAUGCCGCUGGAGGAGAUUACAAUCUACGACUGGAUGCGACAGCAGAACUGCAAGACCACGAGAUACCAGCAGGUGGAGACGUACCCAAACAUACGUCCGCCCAUCUCGCGGUGCAACAAGCAGCAGACCUUAAGGUGGAUGUCCGACUCCCUGGAGGCCACAGGCUGUGAGCGGCUCUUCGACAUGCGUAAGGACAAUGUGCUGGAAGCGUGGACAAACAUUCCCAACAAGGAAACACUCGGCUGGUACGGCCUCAGCGGUGGCAUUCAAGAUCCCGAAGCGGUGCUUUUUAAUCAAGCGCUGACCAAGAGCCUCCAGGCAGCCAGCGGCGUAAAGGCGAAGCUCCCGAAGCAGCUAAAGCCGCAGUGGAAACCCAAACCCAAGCCGACUGGCGCCUACGUGCUGAAUCGUCAGUGUCUGCGCUCACAGCUGGCACGGAUGCCCACCAUCAAGCGGAAGUUGUCGCCCAACUACGCCUUCACAUGGCUGCACUGUCCGCCACCGGAUCCCACUAGUCCUCCCUUCGAGGACAAGCGAGGUCCUCCCAUACCCCUGACCAGCGCCUUGGGCAUGGAGCGUACGCCCAGGAAGCACGGCAAGCGGAAGCACAGCCUGCGGCAUCCCAUGUGUCACUUGUCCUGCGAUCAACCCAAGAACCAGUGCACCGACUACGAGUGGAGAAAGUACAAGGAGGAUCCGCGAGCCAUCGACGAGGCCUUCAGGCGGGAGCAGGCGGCGGCGCAGACAUCGACGGAGGAGGAGCCCAAGGACUACGAUGAGCUGUACGCGCGAAUGCUGGGCUGCUUCGAGCAGAGUCGAGAUCAGAACACCAUCUGCCAGGACUACGAGAAGUGCUGCAAGGCGCCGGGCGAUCCUCCGACUCAGGGCUGUGGCGAAAUGGUCCCCGAGGGAGCUGAUGGCGGUGCCGGGGGUAAGUCUGACGGCGAUGGCGGCGGCGGCGGCGGCAAAGAUGGCGCUGGCAAGGAUGGCGAGGGUGGCGAGGGUGGCGACAGGGGUAGCCGCAGAAGCACAAGCACGCGGAAGAGCCGCAAAGAUGGGAAGUACGGGCAUGGCGGCAAGGGUGGCGAUGGAGACGACGAUGGCACGGGCAAGGGCGGCAAGGGUGCGGGAAAGGAUGGCAAAGGUGGCAAGGGCGGGGAGGGCAUGGACGGUGACGGCAAAGGCGGCAAGGGUGGCAAAGGUUUUGGCGACGAUUUUGACGGCAAGGACAAAGACAAAGGCAAGGGCGACGGACGGGACACCGUCAAGGACUGCCCCUGCGAGCUGUGCAACUACUGUGACAAGGAGUCGGACACGCCGCUCAUCCGCGAGAUGCGACGGCGCGACAAGCAGCGCCAGCAGCGGGAAUACCUCCAGCUGAUGCGCCACCGUCAGUAUGUCAAAUGCCGCACCGCCGAGUACCUUGCCACGCAGCACAAGUGCGAUCCGAUUGUCUGCUGCAAUAAGUUCUGCGGCAACCCGCUGCUGCAGGAUCAUCUGGCCAAGAUCGAUGCGGUGCAACAGUUGCAGCAGCAGCUGAAGCGUUGCAAUCGCAAAAAUCGCGUCUCCUGCACAUCCAUUCACAGGAGACUCAAUCGGCUGAAGCAGCAUCUGUGUGAAGCGUUUGAAAUGCCAGAAAAGAGUUGAGGAAUGGUUUCGAGAUUCCCGCUGCCCAUCUGCCCAUCCAAAGAUCUGCAUUCAAUCUGUUCCUCUGCUACCGUGGACUUUAUGCAUUUGGAUUGUAUCUCUUUUUAUACUCUUACUCCUGUUGCUGAUUUUUAUC